CUUCAGCCAGAAGUUCGGAAGACGGUCGUGCCUGGGGCUCUUCCAGUUCGAUGUUUGUUUGAGUGCCUUCUGCAGAUCAGAUGUUGUAAUCUGGGGGUCACUCAUUUCGGGAGUAACUGUUACCUCCCUCUGACGUCGGAGCCAUGUGACAUCGACGUUGUGGCUCGCCGGGCGUUCCAUGAUGUUCGACCGGAAUUCUUCCACUUCCUCCUUGCCAGGAAUCUUCUUUACUUCUAUGGGUUUCGCUUCCAGUUCCCGGGCCAAAGCUUGGAUCUUCAUCUUCACGUUCUCUAUGGCGGUCUGGAGAUCGGCAUCAGACAUGAUCUCUUUUACUUGUGGCACAGCCGCUUGGUCUCGCCUUGCUGCAUCGAUCCGACUUUGGAGGCGCCUCUUCCAAGGCGGAAACGAGGAAGGGCCCUUCCCGGUUUUCCGGGUCGGCUUUCCUGGUCAUUGCCAUUUCUGAUGGAUGGUUAUGGCUGCUGCAAAGGCACGGUGGUUCGGCUCAGUCAGAUCGCAGUCUGCAAGGUCGCAGGAGCUGAUGAUCUGGUUGAUCUCCUCGAUGUCUUUGGAGAUGGUGCCGCAGAUCUUCCAGAUGGUCGAGGCAGGCGAUUCUUAGUUCUUCAGAGGGCGUUUCAAGCUCUGAAGGAGCCUCAAUUGCCCUCGGUGGAACCUGAAGUGGAGUCUCUUCAGGGUCCAGACUCGUCUGUAUUUGUGCAUUUUAUCAUUAAGAGGAACGUGGGAAUGUUGACGGAACGACUGAGGUCUCUGCUAUCCAUCCAGCAAUGA